AUACACGACGCAAUUGGUAUUGACAUGGAAGAGACCGAGAAAACUGAGUGUAUAGAUUGGGGUGGACAUGUUUGUGGACAAAUAACAGCCAACAACGAAACAUGGGAUGAUAUAUUAGUAAAAAAUGCUCACGAUGGACUACCUCAGCCGUCUCCAGACUGUGACAGAUGCUCAGUGAUAUCAGGAGACUGUCUCUAUUAUCAUUAUGGUUGUGAUGGCAAGGAUGACAGAGGCUGGGGUUGUGGAUACAGGACUAUUCAGACCAUGUGUUCAUGGCUGUGUCUUAAUCAACCUCAGAGUGUGAGCCACAGGCGCAGACACCCACCUAGUCUUCCUGAAAUACAACAAACUUUGGUGGAAAUAGGGGACAAACCAGAUUCAUUCAUGGGAUCCAGGGAGUGGAUAGGGACAUUUGAGGCAAGUCUUGUUCUUGACCAGCUCUAUGAUGUUCCCUGCCGCAUAGUGCAUGUGCGGAACGGAAAGGAGCUUGAUCAAACCGUUGAGGAUCUUCACAACCACUUUCUUACCCGUGGGUCACCUGUUAUGAUGGGAGGAGACAGGGAUAAUUCCUCCAAGGGGAUCUUAGGUGUGUGCACUGGUAAACAGGAGAGUUAUCUGCUUGUUAUGGACCCUCACUACUUUGGCUGUCCCUUAGAUAAAAACUCUUUGCAAAGAAAAGGUUGGGUUUCAUGGAAACCAGUUGCUUCUAUGGAUCAGUGUUCUUUCUAUAAUCUUUGCCUGCCUCUUAGUGCCAAGAAGUGACUGUUUCUUGUUAGAUUGUAAAAAAUAAAAU